CUUCCUCCCCCUCCCCCCCAUAUCAGUGCGCCGAGCUGAUAAAGGCGCCAUUUUGGACCGGCCGCGGGAGACGUGGUGUCGCCGAGGGCUCGCUCUGCCGUACGCUAGGCUUGGUGGGAAGGCCUCUUUUCGAGUCCUCGCUUUUCCGUCGCCGCCAUGUCAGGAGGUGGUGUGAUUCGUGGCCCGGCAGGGAACAACGACUGCCGCAUCUACGUGGGUAACCUACCUCCAGACAUCCGAACCAAGGACAUUGAGGACGUGUUUUACAAAUACGGCGCCAUCCGCGACAUCGACCUGAAGAACCGCCGCGGGGGACCGCCCUUCGCCUUCGUUGAGUUCGAGGACCCGCGAGACGCGGAAGAUGCGGUGUACGGUCGCGACGGCUACGAUUACGACGGCUACCGUCUGCGGGUGGAGUUUCCUCGGAGCGGCCGUGGGACCGGCCGAGGCGGCGGCGGGGGUGGAGGCGGCGGAGCCCCGAGAGGCCGCUAUGGCCCGCCGUCCAGGCGGUCGGAAAACAGAGUGGUUGUCUCUGGACUGCCCCCGAGUGGAAGCUGGCAGGAUUUAAAGGAUCACAUGCGUGAAGCAGGUGAUGUAUGUUAUGCUGAUGUUUACCGAGAUGGCACUGGUGUCGUGGAGUUUGUACGGAAAGAAGAUAUGACGUAUGCAGUUCGAAAACUGGAUAACACUAAGUUUAGAUCUCAUGAGGGAGAAACUGCCUACAUCCGGGUUAAAGUUGAUGGGCCCAGAAGUCCAAGUUAUGGAAGAUCGAGAUCUCGAAGCCGUAGUCGUAGCAGAAGCCGUAGCAGAAGCAACAGCAGGAGUCGCAGUUACUCCCCAAGGAGAAGCAGAGGAUCUCCACGCUAUUCUCCCCGUCAUAGCAGAUCUCGCUCUCGUACAUAAGAUGAUUGGUGACACUUUUUGUAGAACCCAUGUUGUAUACAGUUUUCCUUUACUCAGUACAAUCUUUUCAUUUUUUUAAUUCAAGCUGUUUUGUUCAGAAUGGGCUAAAGUGUUGAAUUGCAUUCUUGUGUAAUAUCCCCUUGCUCCUAACAUCUACAUUCCCCUCAUGUCUUUGGUAACUUGUAUUUUAAGUGAUGUCAUAGACAGGAUUGUUUAAAUUUAGUUAAUUUCCAUGCUCUUCAGACUGUGAUAUUAUGUAAAUGUCUAUUCUGCUCUGGUUUGUGUGAAAUGGGAUGUUGGGGGUGUUUGUGGUUAUCUUACUUGGGGAAGUUCUUAUGUUUAUCUUGCUUUUCAUGUGUCUUUCUGUAGACAUAUCUGAAGAGAUGGAUUAAGAAUGCUUUGGAUUAAGGAUUGUGGAGCACAUUUCAAUCAUUUUAGGAUUGUCAAAAGGAGGAUUGAGGAGGAUCAGAUCAAUAAUGGAGGCAAUGGUAUGACUCCAAGUGCUAUUGUCACAGAUGAAAUUGGCAGUAUUGACCUUAUACUAAAAGGCAAGGGUUAAAAAUUUAUCUACCUUAUAAGACUUGCAAACACUUAUGCAGUUAUCUUCAGCUACAAUUGCUUUGCUUUUUAAAACCUUGGCAAUUGUGGCAAAAUUGCCCAUUUUGUAACAGUUAUUUGCUCCCUUCCCCCUUUUUGUUUUAAUAGGGACUAAUGUGGGAAGAAUGGCUAAUUUGUCACAGUGCUUAGUUACAACUGUUAAUGUAUGGCCUGCUGUUAGUGUACUUGUGGGUACAGGGUGUCUAUUUCCAAACAGAGUAUAAUAUCAAUACUGCUAAAUCUGCAUGUCCUCUGUGUGACUGAUAGAGCGUUGUUAUUUCAUUUUUUAAAGACAAAAUGACAGCAAAAUAUAGAAUUCCAACGUAUUAGUGUAGAUAAUCUAGUUGGGAGUACUUUAAGUCUCACCUUCCCUUUUAAUAUUCAUAAUUGACUCAUGUUUAAAACACUUUAAUUUACAAGCUAAAUUGCAGAUGGGAGCACUAGAUUUAGUUUAGGUUUAGGUGGACAGUAAUACCAGUAAACUUCAAUUACAUAACUUUGCAACCACAAAACCUGUGAUACCUGUACAGUAACAAGUGUUGGCAUUAUCAGUUGAACUGUAAAUAUAAAGUGCUUCUUCCAGUUAGUCUCUAUAGUGAUUAAGUUUCUAAAAUUUAUCUGAACACCAUACAGAAACUUGUUUUGGGGAAUUUGAUAGUUAUUGAUGUACAUCUGUAAACUGAUGACAGACAUAACUCAUCAUUCCCCAGAAACUUUUUUUGGUUACAGUGUCUAACAUUUUGCCUCCUCUUUUUUGGUUUUGCUGGUUAUAAAGGUUUGGAUUGGAGAGGGCUCACUGGAUCCCAAUCCUUGGAGCUGGAUCAUUGGAUUCAAAUCAUAAUGUGGAUAGGAUAGGGAGGAUGAAUUACCAGGAUUCAUGGAGCGGGAUCAGAUUACCAGGAACAUAGGAGUGGAUUCCUUCCUGCCCCAACCAAACCGCAUUCGUGUGGAUAUUUUUUUUCAUUCAACUUAAUUGGCUAUUCCAAAGAAUUUUUUUUUCCUAUUUUUGACGAUUGGAGCCCUUAAGAUGCACGAUGGAAUUGUGUUUUGCAUUUUUUGGUAAAAGGAGCAAAGCGAGGACCUGGAGAUAUACGCUGGAGCAAUCUCCUUGGAAGGAUUCAGCACGAGUAGAUGGUAAACAUUUAAAGGGGAAAAGGGGGGUUUGUUUAAAAUAGUAAAUCAGUAAGUCACUUCUAAAUUUAAAGAAAACAAAAUUGGAGUUGAAGAAUAAGUAGGUUUCCAAUUGGCUAUUGCCGUUUUUCUUUGAAAAAUAAACAUUUUUUAAAAAACGAUGCAUGGUUGUCCUUUUUCCUCUUCAUGUAAAAUUUUGACUGGGUAACUAGUGUAUCGGUUAUUUAAUUUGAUAAAAUUCUGAUUCUGUUUAUGUGUUAGUAAAUUAAAGAUUCUAAUAAAU